UUGUGACGGUCCUCGAGCACCAAUCGUAGCGAUUGGAGAGAUGGCGCAUGCUCAGCCGUCUGACCACGGCGCGCGAUUGAGUGGCUAUCAGAGUCUUGAAGCAAUACCAUGGUCUUGUGCUAAUAAACCACAUUGUUUCAGCCUCGCGGAACAACGUAGCGGUUCAAUGUGGCCACAGCAUGCUAGCAGCCAGAAUGCUAGCAUAUAAACCUCCUCAGAUUCCUCGAAUGUAGCCCUUCUCUUCUCUCUUCUGACUAUAUUACCGAAUCCUUCACUCCCGAGUUCCAAGUUCUAAUAUUUCGAUUUCUGUCUUAUACCCCGUCGAGCAUUCAACCUUCGCCAUGAGCCGUAACGUCAUCAGAGGCUUCCAAACUUCCACCGCAGCUGCUAUUCAGCAGAUAGGUGCAGAGCUCAUGCAGAAUCCCCGAAUUGUGGCUGCGGAUAUUCAGGGUGCCAAGGCCCACAUAUCCUCUAAGGACACGAGCGACCCCGAGGAGGUUAUCACGGUGGGGCUGCAGACACAGGGAGGACUACGUGUCGGCACGCUUCAUAUUCAUUUGAGUGGUUCUUUCAAGUUCUUCGCAUCUCGUGCUGGCUACCUUGCUGGUGAGGAUGAUCCGUGGGCCAAGGCCUCUCCCGCAAAGAAAUGA